AUGAAUAUGUUGGAUGAUGAAGAUGACCAAAGCUUUCACGCUACGCGUGACGGCUACUCCCAUUUGAGCGAUGUCGAAUGGGAUGCGGUUGAACGAAUGGGUUCGACCAUGGGCAUCCAUGCUGUUAGCGUCAUGCUAGAGGCUCUCAAUAGAGAUGCCCAACAUGCUACUAUCGCCAAGUUCAUUCAAAAUGAACUUGACGCAGAACGCGAGAAAGUAGCCUUGCUUCACCAACAAGGUUCUCAACAAGCAGAGUUGUUGAGAGAACAAGGUGCUCAACAGUUUGAACUGUUGAGACAGCAGCAGGCUGCUGCUGGCGGGUCGAUGCACUCGCGUCGGCCCGAGACUUUGAAGAUUGACAUCUCAAAGUAUAGGGGGGUCGAAGAAGACUCCCUCUUGAGAUGGUUCGUCGAAUUGGAUGACGCCAUAAGGGCGCGUCGCAUCGACGACGGGGAUAUGCAAGUUGCAUUUGCCCAGUCAAAUCUGGCAGGACGUGCCAAGACUUGGGCACUGGGGCUCAAGCUGCACGACCCAUAUGCGUUUGGGUCGUUGGAAGUCUUCAAGUCGCGGCUCAGACAAACGUUUGAACCGCCUAGAGCUGAGUUCAGAGCUCGAACCGAACUCUUGAACCUCAAGCAGGGUAAGCGUGAUGUGCACGCUUACGCUCAACAUAUACGACAUCUCACGAGUUGUAUAAGUUCCAAUCCGGUGGAUGAACACACGUUGGUUUCGGUGUUCAUGCAGGGUCUUGCGGAUGGUCCCGUCAAGACUCACCUGUUCCGGCUUGAACUAGAUUCACUAGAACAAGCCAUUUCAAUUGCGGAGCAGGAAGACUUCAGUCUGAGACAGGCUCGCGCCAGCUCGACAUCAUAUCGUCAACCGAGACGAUAUGACAACGGAGGUCCAGAGCCGAUGGAACUCUGUUAUGUAGAGAGCGAGAAGGUUCGCUCUACAGGCUACAAGAAGUUGCAGAGAUGCAACAGAUGUCAGAAGACAGGACACUACGCUUACGAGUGUAGUGCCCCUCGUCCAGUGUCUCGCGACACUGGGCGUAGUGACCGUCCACCCAUGAGAAAGGGGCAGGGACGAGGGUCCGCAGUUGGUGCAAAGACGCAACAACGGGAUGGACCGUCAAAAAACGGACAGGAUCAGUAG